AUGCUGCAUAUACAUUUUAGUGACCAAUAUAUUGAAGGCAAUAUUUUUGGUAAGAUAUUAAAACACUACCAAGGGUUAUCUUUAAUUCUCCCACGAGACAUAGAGAUCUUUAGUAGAGCAGAGAAAAUAAAGAGUUAGAUCCUCUAUUUUGAAAAAAAGAAAAUGGGGGAAAUAUAUACAACUAACCAAAGUAGGAAACAUUUGAUACUUAUUAAAAUGGUGAUAAAAAUGUUCAACUAUUUAAGCAGAGGGUAUUAUUUUUUAUAUAAAGGCCUAGUGUCACCUGUAAAGCCCUAAUUUGGCAAAUUAAGUUCUUUAAUAAAAUCAAAUUAGUCUGCAUGCAUAAAAUGAAAUUCUCCUUGAAUUGCAUUAAGGCAAUUAAAGAUUCAAAUAAAUUUGGGAAUCAGAUGAAGAUAUUGGAUGAAAUCAUAUGA